AUGUCCCUGUGGAACCUCGUGUCCCACAUGCCACCAGAGGAGUUCAGCAGCCUCUCCACGGAGUUUCCCCGGAGCCUGCGCUGUCUCCUGGCCGAGUGGCUGGAGAACCAACCCUGGGAGUUCAUCAAUGGCUCAGAUGCUUUCUGCACCAGCAUGGCCAGCAGGAUGCUCUCAGACAUGCUGGACAAACUCCGCAGCGCUGCCGGCAGCGACGGGCAGCAGUGCCAGAUCCUGCAGCAAAUCAGCAACAUCGAGAGCACCUUCUGCCGGGACCCUCUGCGGCUGGUGGCCGUCGUCAGAGCCGUCCUGGAGGGCGAGAAGGCAGCCGUGCUCAAACGGGACCAUCAUCUGCCUCUCAGCUUCCACCGGCGGCAGGAGGAGCUGAAGUUCAGCCUGGGGCUGCAGCGGCUGCAGCACCGAGUCCGGGAGAUCCAGGCGCUCCAGGAGGAGGGGCCAGGGCGGGAUGGGGCUGUGCAGAGCCCCAUGGCUCCCAGGGAGCUGCCCACCCUCAUCCUGGAGGCUGUGAAGGAGCUGGAGGCGGCCAAACAGCAGGUCCUGAAGAGGAUCCAGAUUUGGAAGAGACAACAGCAGCUGGCAGGGAAUGGGGCCAUCUUUGAGGAGAAUCUGGCACCGCUGCAGAAGAGGUGUGAGAACCUGGUCGAGGUUUACUUCCAGCUGCAGCAGCAGGUGAUGGCAGCGAGCACAGAGCUGGGCCCUGAGCUGCUGCCCCGGCUCCUGGAGCGCUUCAACGAGGUCUUGUCCAGCCUGGUCAAGAGCUCCUUCCUGGUGGAGAAGCAGCCCCCACAGGUGCUGAAGACCCAGACCAAGUUCCAGGCGAGCGUGCGGUUCCUGCUGGGCCCGCGGCUGCUGAAGGCACUGCCCAAGCCCUACGUGGUGAGGGCUGACAUGGUGACAGAGAAGCAGGCACGGGAGCUGGAGCUCAGCAACUACAGCAACACCCUCAGUGAGAGCACGGGGGAGAUCUUGCACAACACGGUGGCACUGGAGACCAACCCCACCAGCGGGAACUGCUGUGCCAACUUUAAAAACGUGCUGCUGAAGAAGAUCAAGCGCUGCGAGCGGAAGGGCUCAGAGUCGGUGACGGAGGAGAAAUGCGCCGUCCUCUUCAGCACCAACGUCACCUUGACCCCCAGCAACAUCUCCAUCCACCUCCAGGUCCUGUCUCUGCCCAUUGUGGUCAUCGUCCACGGGAACCAGGACAACAACGCCAAAGCCACCGUGCUGUGGGACAAUGCCUUCUCUGACAUUGACCGGGUGCCCUUUGUGGUGGCCGAGCGUGUGCCCUGGGACAAGAUGUGUGACACCCUGAACCUGAAGUUCAUGGCAGAGGUGCAGACCACCAAGGGGCUCCUCAAGGAGCACUACUUCUUCCUGGCCCAGAAGAUCUUCAAUGACCACAGUGCCAGCCCCGAGGACUUCCAGAGCCGCCACGUCUCCUGGGCCCAGUUCAACAAGGAGAUCCUCCCUGGCCGGGGAUUCACCUUCUGGCAGUGGUUUGAUGGAGUCCUGGACCUCACCAAGAGAUGCCUUAAAAGUUACUGGUCGGACAGGCUCAUCAUGGGCUUCAUCAGCAAGCAGUAUGUGUGCAAGCUGCUGAGCAUGCAGCCAGAUGGGACCUUCCUGCUCCGCUUCAGCGACUCCGAGAUCGGGGGCGUCACCAUCGCUUACGUCAUGCGGGGCAAGGACGGCUCCAGCCAGGUGGAAAACAUCCAGCCCUUCUCUGCCAAGGACCUGUCCAUCCGCUCCCUGGGCGACCGCAUCCGGGACCUGGGGCAGCUCCGGAACCUGUACCCCAACAUCCCCAAGGACCAGGCCUUUGGGAGUCACUACAACAAAGAGCAGACAGGCAAGGACGGCCGGGGCUACGUCUCCACCGCCAUCAAGAUGACUGUGGAGAGUGAAAGGGACCAGCACCCUCCAAACACCAUGGGGGCCCCCCCCGAGGCCCCCCAGGCCCAGAUGUUCAGCCUGCCCAUGCUGCAGCACGAGCUGCACCCUGAGAAUCUGCCGCCACUGCUGGGCCCCAUGUGCUCCCCCACUCCAUUCUGCCCCCAGCCCAUGCCCGGGGGCUACCCCCCGGUUGAGAGCAGCAUCAUGACGGUGCCCGACAGGCUGACCCCCCCCUUCCACAGCCCAUCACAGAUGCUGUCGCCUCCCUCGCUGUCCCACUGCCAGGACCCUGCCUUCAGGACCCCUGGACCCUUCAUGCCCAACCAGUUCCUGCCCGGGGAGGUCCCGCAGCUGCUGCCCGCGGGUCCCUCAGUGGACGUGGACAUGUCCGAGCCGCCCCCGUUCCCGCUCAUGGAGGACGCGUCGCUGCAGAGCCCUCCGCGGUGGAUGUCGCCCAGCAUGGAUCAGCCAUCAGCCUCAGAGUUGGAGCACCUCCUGGAGGUGUCCCCGUUGCCCCCCUUCGCCCCCCUCCAGCAGCACAGCGUGUACCCCAAUUCCAGCCUGUCCUCCUGGGGGCUGGGGGACGCACGGUGGGAUGACAGCAUCCGGCCAGGACACGCGUGAGGGGGCUCCUGGUGAGGGGAGGGGGACAUCGGACUGCGACCCCCCUCCCCUCACUCCCUCCCAGCCUUGCUGGGUUCAUGGACUUGCCACAACUCCCGCAGCAGUGAAAACUCCAGCUGGGAAAGGCGAU